CACUUAACUCAGACUCGCCCUUGAGCCGGCUAGAGCCACUCGUACAGCUCCGACAAGCACCUUAAAGCACCCACUCGACCCGCCCAGCACCGCCUCGACCUCCAACCAUGAGCAACCCUCGCGUGUUCCUCGACCUCUCCAUCAACGGCAACGACGCCGGCCGCGUCGUCGUCGAGCUCUACAAGGACGUCACACCAAAAACGGUGAGCCCCAUCGCCGAGAACUUCCGCGCCCUCGCCACCGGCGAGAAGGGCUAUGGCUACAAGGGCUCCAAGUUUCACCGCGUCAUUCGCAAGUUCAUGAUCCAGGGCGGCGACUUUACGGCCGGCAACGGUACGGGCGGCAAGUCGAUUUACGGCGAGAAGUUCGAGGACGAGAACUUCGACCUCAAGCACGACAAGCCGUUCCUCCUCUCGAUGGCCAACGCCGGCCCGGGCACCAACGGCUCUCAGUUCUUCAUCACCUGUACCCCGACCCCUCAUCUCGACGGCAAGCACGUUGUCAGCGGUCGCGUCCUCCACGGCCGGUCGGUCGUCCGCCUCGUCGAGGAGUCGCCCGUCCAAGGCGAUGCGCCGACCGAGGAGAUCCUGAUCCGCGACUGCGGCGAGCUCGCCGAGGGCGACGACGGCAUCGCGAGCGACCCGUUCGCCGACGGCCACGAGGACUACCCGAGCGACGACGAGGCCGACGUCAACGACCCGCAGGUGGCGCUCAAGGUCGCGAGCGAGAUCAAGGAGCGCGGGACCGACUUGUUCAAGCAGGGCAACUACGCCCAGGCGUCCAAGAAGUGGCAGAAGAGCUUGCGCUACCUCGACCGACACCUCGACCUCCCCGAGCGGGACCUCGCCCUCGAGGCCGAGUACGCGACCCUGCGCCUCUCGCUCCUCCUCAACAGCGCCCUCGUCGCGCUCAAGGUCGGCGGCACCUCGGCGGCGCAGCUCGGCGUCAAGGCGGCGUCGCGCGCGCUCCGGCUCGACGGCGACCCGGAGCAGACGCCCAUGGCCAAGCGCCUGACGGACGCCGACAAGGCAAAGGCGCUGUACCGCCGCGCCAUGGCGCGCACGCUGCUCAAGGAGGAGAAGGAGGCGGUCGACGACCUCGAGGAGGCGGCAAAGCUGCAGCCCGACGACGCCGCCAUCCGCAAGGAGCUCGCCGCGGCCAAGCAGCGCAUCGAGGACCGCAAGAUGCGCGCUCGCGCCGCCUACGGCAAGAUGUUCUCGUCGUGAGCGCGCCCGACGCCCGACUCGCGGCGUCGUCGUUCCUCCAUCGCCCACCGCCCCGACUUGGGCCCACUAGAGCCUGGUCGACCUCAUUCCUCCUUACCUCUCCCUCUUACUCGUUCAUUAGUCGUUCAUGCAACCUGCAGGCAUCUCUUCUGUC